AUGGUAUGUUUCCUUGCAGAACAUAACUUGCCAUUUUCCAUAGCCGACCAUAUGGUGGAACUAUUCAAAGCCAUGUUCCCAGAUUCUGCCAUUGCCCGAGAACUGCAUAUGAAAAAAACAAAAUGUACCAAAUUAAUGGGAAACUGCAUUACGAAGGCCUUAGUGGCUAAACUUCAAAAAGAAAAGUUUUCAGUCAUAACUGAUGAAUCAACGGAUGUAAGCACGACAAAAUGUAUGACAGUAGUUGUGAAUUUUUUUGAUUCUGAACAAUAUGUUAUAAGGAACUCGACACUUCAGCUUAUUGAUAUAUAUGACGAAAGCCAGGGAUAUGUUGACUCUAGUGGGGAGAGCCUUUACCAUCUUAUUAUAGCAACUCUGAGUGCCCACGGAAUUCCUCUUAAAAUUUUUGUUAGGUUUGCAGCUGAUGGGGCCUCAAACAUCAUGGGGGAAAACAAUUCCAUUAGCAGUAGACUAAGGGAAAAUUUCCCUGGAAUAACUAUUUUUAAAUGUAUUUGUCACAGCCUACACCUUUGUGCUUCAGAGGCAGUGAAAAGCUUACCUCGCCACUGUGAAGAUUUAAUUAGGAACAUUUAUACACAUUUCACCCACAGUGCCAAAAGGAAGCAUGAAUUCAAAAAGGCCCAGGAAUUCUUGGAGUUGAAGCCCCAUAACAAUGGGAGGCCUUAA